AUGGUUCAAAAGAAGGUAAAUUUACUAAAUUGCUGAAUAAAAUCAAUAUUUAUAACGAUAACGAUUUAUUGUGAUAAAUUACAAUGGUUAGAAUUCAGCAUGUUUUGAACAUGUUAUAAAUAUGUUGUUCUUAUGGUAUGGUUGUUCUAUAUUUUAUUAUCAUAUUCAACUGCUUACCAGGUUUACAAUCUUAUUAAGUUAGAAAUAAUAUUUAAGAUAUACAAAUGUUUAAAAGUUAUAAAAGUUAUAUCACAUUUUUGAGGUUAACUGCAACAUUUUGAAUGUACAUUAUUUAUGCAUAUAUUAUUUUGUAAUAAAUGCAUAGUAAAAGUUUAAUAUAAAUGAUAUUAAUAUGUACAUUUUCAUAAAAAGCCGAAGAAGAAGGUAGGAAAAAAGGUGGCUGCUGCACCUUUGGCAGUCAAGAAGGUUGAACCCAAAAAGCAAACCAAUCCUUUGUUUGAAAAACGUACUCGUAAUUUUGGUAUUGGACAGGAUAUUCAACCUGCCCGUGAUCUGAGCCGCUUUGUAAAAUGGCCCAAAUAUAUUCGUAUUCAACGGCAGAGAGCUGUACUGCAGAAAAGAUUGAAAGUACCACCACCAAUCAAUCAAUUUACACAAACAUUGGAUAAACAAACAGCAACACAAUUAUUCAAAAUGUUGGAAAAAUAUAGACCUGAAUCAGCUACUAUGAAAAAGAUGAGGCUAAAAGCUAGAGCUGAACAAAAAGUUGCAAAGAAAGAGGAUACACCAACGAAAAAACCUAAUGUGCUACGUAGUGGAACAAACACUGUCACUACGCUUGUAGAACAAAAAAAAGCUCAACUUGUGGUGAUUGCUCAUGAUGUUGAUCCAAUUGAGGUUGUUUUGUUUCUACCUGCCCUUUGUCGUAAAAUGGGCGUACCGUAUUGUAUUGUGAAAGGUAAAUCACGAUUGGGACGUCUUGUCAGGCGUAAAACUUGUACUGCAGUGGCUUUGGUACAGGUUGAUUCCGGCGAUAGAGCCAAUUUCUCGAAAUUGGUUGAAGCAAUUAAGACAAACUUUAAUGAUAGAUACGAUGAAAUCCGACGUCAUUGGGGUGGUGGUCUAUUGGGCAGUAAAUCUGCUGCUAGGAUAGCUAAAUUAGAGAAGGCUAAAGCAAAAGAACUUGCACAAAAGCAGGAUCUGCACAAGAAGAUAAUACGCUACUAGGACCCUCAAUACCAUCAAAAUCUUUAGCACCUGGUGGUUGUGUUUUAGAAUCUGAGAUAAAUUUAUCCACUAGGUCUGCCAGAUUACGAUCUAAACUCUCUAUAUAA